AUGGCGUCGCCAUCAAUCACAAUUGACCGCAUCCUGGCGGCUGUGCCCACCACCACAAGAGGGCAGCCCACCCAGCUCUCCGCUGAUUCCAAAGGUCAGCGUCUAGCUUAUGCUUCCGGAAAGUCCAUUUUUGUUCGAUCCAUCGACAAUCCCGCCGAGAGCAAGGAAUAUACUGGUCAUACCGCUGCAACAACCGUUGCCCGCUUCGCCCCUAAUGGGUUCAAGGUCGCCAGUGGUGAUGCCAGCGGUAUGCUCCGAAUUUGGGAGCCCGAGUCAAUCGAGAGCACCAGGGGAGAAUACGGUAUUAUCUCUGGUCGUCUGAACGAUAUUGCCUGGGACGGUGACUCGCAGCGAGUCAUCGCCGUCGGUGAUGGCCGCGAGCAGUUUGGUCGAUGCAUUACUGCUGACAGUGGUAACUCUGUCGGAGAGAUCAUUGGACACUCCAAAUCGGUCAAUGCCGUGGCCAUGAAGAGCCAGCGGCCCUUUAGAGCUGCUACUGUGGGAGACGAUGGCAACGUGGUCUUCUACCACGGUGCCCCCUACAAGUUCAACGAGAAGACGACUCUCCACACUGGGUUCGUGUUGGGAGCCGCCUACUCUCCCGACGGCACUGCUUUCGUCACAGUCGGGGCAGACAAGAAGAUCCAGCUUUAUGACGGCAAGACGGGACAGCCAACCAAGGAAAUUGGCCAAGGGGAGCACACUGGCAGUAUUUUCUCUGUGUCAUGGUCACAGGAUAGCAAGAAGUUCGCAACAGCCAGCGCUGAUCAGACCGUGAAGCUCUGGGAUGUCGACUCCGGCUCUGUCGUUCAAUCCUGGAAGUUUGGUGAUGGUGUGAGCGUGCGUGAUCAACAGGUUGGAGUCGUGAUUGUUCCUGGUCGGAGCGACGGCCUGAUUAUUAGCAUCAACCUAGAUGGCGAGCUGAUCUAUCUCAACGAGGGCAAGCCUGAAUCUUCCCGGAUUGUUCAGGGGCACUACAAAAGUAUCACUGGGUUGACCGAGGGCUCUGAUGGCAAGGGUACAACCGUUUGGUCAGGCAGCUUCGAUGGGCGAGUGUGCCACUGGGAUAUCAAUACUGGUAAGGCUACAACUGUUGAUGGACAGCAGCACACCAACAAGAUUGCCAGGCUUGUCAGCGCCCCGGGCAGAACAUACAGUGCGGGUUGGGAUGACAAGUUGAGGAUCGUCGACGAGUCAGCCAAAACAUUCCUGGGCGAUGCUGUUCAACUAUCGGCUCAGCCCACGGAUGCUAGCGCGUCCAACGGACUGAUCUACGUUGCUACAGCUUCCGGAGUUAACGUAUUCUCGAACGAUAAAUUGUUAAAGGAGAACGGCCUUGAUUAUACAGCAACUUCAAUUGCUGCCUCGGGUUCCAUCGUUGCAGUUGGUGGUAACCAGAACGCAGUGACCAUUUACAAGAGCGGUUCGUCUGGAAGCCUCGAGAAAGUCAAAGAAAUUUCCAACCCAACUGGCUCGAUCUCGGCUCUGUCCUUUUCCAAGGAUGGCUCACACCUAGCUGCCGGAAAUAGUGUUGGAAAGAUUUACGUAUAUAAGACAGACUCAUGGGAACUGGCGGCAGACCGUUGGUCGGCUCAUACUGCCCGUGUGACCUCCAUUGCUUGGCAUGACUCUGGCAAGUACGCCGCCAGCGGAAGCUUGGACACAAACAUCUUCGUCUGGUGUCUCGAGAAGAGUCUGCAGGGAAAGCGCAUAAAGGCAGCAAAUGCCCACAAGGACGGUGUGAACGGAGUAUGCUGGGUGGCCGGAGGAAAGGUGGCGAGUGGCGGAGGAGAUGCUGCUGUAAAGAUCUGGAAUGUUCAGAACCUACCAUAA